AGCCUGAGUCGAACCCGAUUAUCCACCUCUAAGCGAAGAAGGGCGAUCACGAUUGCUGACAUUGGCGCUGACCUGGACGCUGAUGCUGACGCUCGGGACGAUGAAGCGAAGCGCUGCAGAAGUUUUUCGAUUGCUGCCUUCCACGCAUUUCCUAGACUUCCAUGCAUAUGUCAGCCUCGUGUCGUUGUUGUGGAUGGGCUUGUAAGCUGUUGGUUGACGUCGGCCCAAUUUCCAGAACAUUUCUCCCGCUUCUUCGUGACAGGGAUGUGUACGUGACUACGUCCCGCGCCGUUGAAAUGAAAGAAAACGUUAACGAGCUUAAUGAACGCUAUUCGCACGAGUACGGACGUAGACGGAUUGGCAAACUUCGUUUUCCGAAAGGAUGGGGUCGACCCCUCCUCUCUUUCUCUCUCUUUCGCAAACAGCCAGAUUGUCUCACGGCAUGUGGCCGUACUGUAGAUUGCCAUGAGGGAAUUAGCUGGGGAUACCGCUAUGUUGCGUGGGCCGUGGGCCGUGGACGCCGGGACGGUGGUCGGGCUGCGUGGCACAAGUGUCCUUGUGGCCCAGUCCAACGGCGAUUCCGUUGCUGGGGCCUCCAUGUUGGUGAAAAGUCACCAAAUAUCCGCACCUUGGGCCUUUUCUGCCCCCUCGUCAUUCCGUUUUGCCCUCUUGUUCGUGCGUGGGGAGAUUCAGAUCAGGGCAUGACGAUAACUUUCCGGAUCGGUUCAAUUCCCAGAGCUUUGCGUGAAUCAAGUCCAUGUCGCAUGCAUGGGAAGACAUCAUGUCAACCGACAGCUAUUAGUCCGUAGCCGCUACCAAGCUCUUCCCCGGGAUGAUCAGCAAACACUGUUUAGAGGGGCUGGAGGCUGGAGAAUACCGUGACAAACCCGAGAGCGGGCCAAGGAUGACGGAUGGAAUAAAUCUAGAACGAAGGGGGUCAGGGAGGGCCCGGAAGAAGAUGACACGGGUCAGCGGAAGUAUC